AAAGAACCGUGUGGUCCAUUUGUCUGAAGCAAGAGGAAAAAGGUGUUUCCUAAGGCAGAAAGAAGUGGAAAAGUAUGGAAAAUAUGAGAACCACGUAUAGAAAGAGGAAAGGAGAAGACAAUGGCAGAAGGGCAUCUUUAUGCUGCAUUGAAAGCUGCAUUUAUUAGAAAGGGGAAUCAUGGAAUUGCAGAGGAUUUAGAAUAGCAGAUGAUUCACAAGCUGAAUUGACACUUUCCCAGAAAACCGCACGAAAAAACAAAGCCGUAAGAAGCUUUGGUGGGGUCUCUACCUGUAACUUCAGCCACAUAAAUCAACGUACAUUCUCAACACCUCUUUCACAACUUAUAUCAAACACUAUCUCUUAUUGCUUGCUCUCGUCAUCUUGGGUUCACGUUCAAACCUUCGAUUUCUCGAUCAAAGCUCGCGUGCAGGCAAUCCAACAAUGGGACAAGCUUUGGGUUGCAUUCAAGUGGACCAAUCCACCGUAGCAAUCAGAGAAAAUUUUGGUAAAUUCGAUGACGUUCUUAAUCCUGGUUGUCACUGUAUGCCUUGGUGUAUAGGAAGCCAGUUAGCAGGCUACCUUUCAUUAAGGGUGCAGCAGCUUGAUGUUCGAUGUGAAACAAAGACCAAGGAUAAUGUUUUCGUGACUGUGGUUGCUUCUAUUCAAUACCGAGCAAUAGCAAAAAAAGCAGCUGAUGCUUUCUAUAAGCUAAGCAACACCAAGGAGCAAAUUCAGGCUUAUGUCUUUGAUGUUAUUAGGGCAAGCGUGCCAAAGUUGGAGCUAGAUAAAGUCUUUGAGCAGAAAAAUGAUAUUGCAAAAGCUGUUGAGGAUGAACUUGAAAAGGCCAUGUCUCUAUAUGGAUACGAGAUUGUUCAGACUCUCAUUGUAGAUAUCGAACCAGAUGAGCUUGUGAAGCGAUCCAUGAAUGAGAUAAAUGCAGCUUCAAGAAUGAGGGAAGCUGCAAAUGAAAAAGCUGAAGCAGAGAAGAUAUUGCAGAUCAAACGAGCUGAGGGAGAUGCAGAGUCCAAAUACCUGGCUGGGCUUGGCAUAGCUCGUCAACGUCAAGCCAUAGUGGAUGGGUUGAGGGACAGCGUGCUCGGGUUCUCUAUGAAUGUGCCUGGGACAACCUCCAAGGAUGUCAUGGACAUGAUCUUGGUAACCCAGUACUUCGACACUAUGAGGGAGAUUGGUGCCUCCUCUAAGUCUUCUUCAGUUUUCGUUCCACACGGACCAGGGGCAGUGAGAGAUGUUGCUUCCCAAAUUAGGGAUGGUCUCCUUCAAGGUAAUACUGCUCAAGUAUGAAAUCCAACAAGAAUGUGAAGCUCAAUAAACGAGUUGGAGUUUGAGUUUCUUCUGGCAUAUGAAUCAUGUAACUAUUUGUGCUGUCUAUUCCUGCAGGAGAUAAUAGAGUUUCAAUGUAUGUGAAAAAUCGUGCUGUGUGUUUUUGUAUUCCUGUGGUUUUUAAUACUUAUUAUUAGCGACAAACGCAUUGGUUUGUACUACAAUCUUUAUAGUUUUCCAAGUUCCACAUAUGAAAUAGCUAAUCUAUAAGGGACUAUUUGUUUUGUGGGUUUGGA